AUGAAUGUAAAGUAUAGACAAUUGAGAGACAAAGACAUAAACCAUGACGACGAUUUAUGCCAAAAGCCAUUCACCGGUUGUGCCGUAUAUUCAGACGACGGCUACACUUAUCUAUUUAAAGACAACUACUUUUGGCGGACAAAUCCAUUGACUAUAAACAACGGCAUUAUAGCGACGGCACAGCCGGUGGCGGACAAGUGGUCGGCGGUGACGGGCGGCGUCUCUAUCGUGUUCACCGUUCCCGAGAGCACAACCAAUCACUCAAUGACCAUCUUUGUAGUGGGCCAGAAGUGGUUUGCGUACGAAUUGGGCGCUAAAGCACAGGAGGGCACGACCGACGGCUGGCCAGGCUUUGCCAAUCUUACGGUGACCGCAGUAUUCAGCCCCAAAUACGGCGCCUCAAAGAUCUAUGUAUUGCAUAACGAUAACAAUAACUACACGGUCUAUGAGUUCGUGACACUGACCCGACCCAAGAUAGUUGGCUCCGGCUUUACUACAGUAGUGAACGAUAGCCUUAUGUUUAUGGAUAACGAGUUAAUGCCGAAGACAUCUCAGAUGACAGCCGGCAAUCUUAAGGGUCUCAUUGAUGUCAAAGCGGUCAUCACUUAUACCACAGCCAUUAUAUUCAUCGGUUCCGGCAAAUACUGUAUCGUUGAUUUGACCAUUAAAACCGACCAUAAAAUUUGUAAGCCGAGGGCACCGCUAACGGCGUUAUUUGGCUGUCCAUUGAAUUUCGGGGACCGGUUGACCACAACUAACCCAAAUCUCACGACCCCUACGACUACCCAAUUAGUGACUGAAACAGUGACUCCACAGCCGGUGAUGGAUAUGACAGCGGAUCCCUUGCAGGGCUCGUCCUCUUCUACGGCCACUAUUAUUCUUAUAGUUAUAUUGAUUGUGGUGUCGGUUGUGGUGUUGGCAUCGGUUGCG